GAUGACAUGGUAUCUAAAAUUAUCUGAGCAGCAGUGAAAAAGGAACCCAGAGACUCGAUUUAUGCAUCUUUCAGUCAUGCAACACAAUCAGUAUUGUGGUUAUCCCCAGAUCUUCUGGACAAAUAACAGCUCAGACUGUGCUCCUCAAACGGGACUGUACCAUUCCAGUGGAAUUGUGGCAGAUCAGGACAUUUGCUUACCAUUGCCUGUACCAGCGAGGAAAAGGCAUAGGCAGAAUCACAGAGAUGGUACACGCCUUUGUUUCCUGGUGGUAUUUUUGCUGAUUCUACUUGCCAUCACGGGGAUCGGGCUGGCAAUGUUUCAGAUCUUCCACCUGCAAAAGCAACUUCAAAAGUUUUCCAGCUCUGGCUGUGUCCCUCCAUCUCCUGAUAUGCUGAAAG